AUGAGUGAACGUGGGGGACGGCCAUGUUCUCCCAGGAAUUUUGGGCACGGGUCCUUGGUGUGUGAAUGUGGUGCCAAUUACUGUGACACGUUGGAGCCCGUCUCUCUCCCAGCUUUGGGGUCUUUUGUCAAGUACGAAAGCAAUAAAGCCGGGCACCGUUUGGAGCGCAGUGAAGGGCCUCUUCUGGAUAAUCCUCCCAAGAAAGACGACCUGGUUCUGCAACUCAAGGUGUUCCAGAAAUAUCAAAAAAUCAAGGGCUUUGGCGGGGCUCUCACGGAUUCGGCUGCCAUUAAUAUCCUGGCCUUGUCCGCAAAGAGUCAAAAAAACCUGCUCAAAUCUUAUUUCUCCACUGAAGGGAUCGAAUAUACCUUGGUCCGCGUGCCCAUGGCGAGCUGCGAUUUCUCAGUGAGGCUCUACACAUACGCAGACGUGGAGGACGAUUUUGAGCUGAACAACUUCAGUCUAACUGAGGAAGAUAUCAAAAUGAAGAUCCCCAUCCUUCAACAAGCCCAAGCAGUGGCUCCCCGUCCUCUCUCCCUCUAUGCCAGUCCCUGGACGUCUCCAGUGUGGAUGAAGACCAACGGAGCCAUGACUGGUCGAGGCACCCUCAAGGGGAAACCAGGGGACAGAUAUCACAAGACCUGGGCCAACUAUUUUAUCAGGUUCCUCGAUGAAUACGCCAAGUAUAACUUGACUUUCUGGGCUGUGACUGCUGGGAACGAACCCACGGCGGGGGACCUUGUCUUCUACCCCUUCCAAUGCCUUGGCUUCUCCCCUGAGCACCAGCGGGACUUCAUUGCGCAAGAUUUGGGCCCUGCUUUAGCCAACAGUACAUACAAGGGCAUCGAGUUGAUCAUUCUGGAUGACCAAAGGGUGAUGCUUCCUUAUUGGGCUGAAGUGGUUCUCAAAGACCCCGAGGCUGCCCAAUACAUCAACGGGAUCGGAAUCCACUGGUAUCUCGAUUUCUUGGCACCUAUUGAUCUGACACUCUCCAUCACCCACCACCUCUUCCCGAAAUAUUAUCUCAUCUCCACAGAGGCCUCUACCGGGUCCUAUUUUUGGGAGCCUCGUGUGGUCCUGGGUGGCUGGGAUCGUGGCAGCAAGUACAGUCACAGCAUCCUUACGAACCUCAACAACUACGUCACAGGAUGGACGGACUGGAACCUCGUUUUGGAUAUGCAAGGGGGACCCAACUGGAGUAAGAAUUACGUGGACAGCCCCGUGAUCGUAGACAAAGACAAAGACGUCUUCUACAAGCAGCCCAUGUUCUACCAUAUGGCCCAUUUCAGCAAGUUCCUCCCCGAGGGAACUCAACGCAUUGAAAUCCAGAAAAACAGUUGGAGUAAUUUGGAAUUCUCCGCAUUUCUCCGUCCAGACGGCUCGGCGGCGGUAGUGGUCUUGAACAGAGCCUCCAAGGAUAUCCCCUUUGGGAUCUCCGAUCCCGGCGUGGGCUACGUUGAGGCUGUAGCGACCGCUGACUCCAUCCAGACUUACCUUUGGCAGCGCCCCACGGAAGACCAGGAAGCCUCCAGCUUGGGGGCCAAGCACCCAGAGGCCCUUAUCAGGAAUUAA